AUGGAAGAAAAAAAAAAAAAAGGGAAGAAAAAGACGGAAAAGUCAGAAAUCGAGCUAUUAUUUGUUGACCUGUGCCACGUGAAUAAAGAAAAAAGGGACACGGGAAUACAAGUCCUGAUUGAAUAUAUAAAAGAAAAAAAAGUACCCCUGGAUGGACAUAAUUUGUCUUACAUUUGCAAAGGGCUGUUUUAUUAUUAUUGGUUAUGUUACUCAUUAGAAGAGCAAAAAGUAGCUGCUUGCAAAAUAAGCAAAAUUUUAAGAAACAUAGAUGAGGCGGAUGAAAGUGAAGAAAAAGAAAGCGUGUUUUUAUUUUUACAAAGUUUUUUAAAAGUUAUGUCUAAUAAAUAUGACUGUCUGGACCUGUACCGCAUGAACAAGUUUUUAUUUUUAUUCAAAGUAUUCCAAGCAGAGUUUCUCCUCUUCCUACAUCGGCACUCAUGGCGCAGUUAUUACAUCAGGAGGUAUAAUAAAAUAAUGGUCAGAAUGUUUGACGAUACAAAUGACGUUUUUUACAAUCACAUUGAUACAUUUUUUAAAGAAUUUUUUGGAAACCAAUUUUAUUUAAAAGCCAAGGAUCAAAAUGAAAAGGUACACAUAAAGAAUUUUGUCCUACUGAUGGACUUUUUCUUUAAAAUUAUUUGCAAGACAGAAAAAAAACACAUAGUAGAUGUAAUUAAAAAUAAAAUUUUUUCAGUCAUGUUGAAGUUAAAUGUAGGGAAAAGUAUGCUGGAGGAGAGAAUUCGCAGGUACCUUGCAAAGUGCAAAAAUACUUAUGCUACUAAAGCUCUUAGGGGUUUUUACAAUUCCCUUGUUGCAGGAAGCACUGAAGGUGCGGGGGACGGCAAAAAGAAGGGCAACAAGAAGGGCAAAAAGGGUGGAUCGCAAGAGACGCCCAUUUUUGUGGAAAACUUUGAGGCCGCCGGGGAGCAAAAUGGCUCUGACUCCGCUUCUGCCCCGUCCAGGGACGAAGAACAAAUUUGUCUAAGUAAAGGAGAUUCCGAAGUGACCACCCCUGGAGAUGGCGAAACUGGUGGAGAGGAGCAGUUGGAUGAUGUGGUUAACUCCAAAAAGAGCUCCAAGAGGGACCGUGCGUCGAACAAGUUCAACCGCCUGAGGGAGCUCAUCGACGAGGGCGACGACGGAGACACGGGGGCGGACCUGGACAGCGACGUGGGAAGUGAUACGGACAGUGACAUGGGAAGUGACGUGGGAAGUGAUUUGGGAAGCGAUAAGGGGAGCGACGUGGGAAGUGAUAUGGACAACGGCGUGGGAAGUGAUACGGGCAGCGACGUGAAUGGCGACUCGGGCAGGGGGAAGAAGAAGGCCCUGAAGCGAAAGGGAGAACAGAAUGAUAAUCCCAACGAUAAAAAAAAGAAGAAGAAGAAAAAAAAAUCCAAUAUGCUGGAAUGGAUAAUGAUGCAGGACAAUUUGCUGAGCCAAUUGGAGCCGUUCUCGAGCGACGGGGAAGCCAAACACAAACACAGUAUCAUAGACUUCAUCCACAAGAGCAAACCAGGCUUUUCAGGGAACAUUAUAAUUGAAAAUAAGGGCAAGUCGGAUUUGCCCAUCUAUGCCAUUGACAAGUCGGACCUGCGCGGAGGGUGCAUUCAGAAGAGGAAGCUAAAAGUGAACAAGCUGUUGAAGAAGAAAAAAAGUAGUGUGUGCUCUGGUGGUAGCUGCAACGGUAGCAACAGUCAAAUUUGUCAAGCACACGAGUGCUACACCCUGCUGGCCAAUGACGAGGGGGAGGACCUAUGUGUACGACUCGGAGAUACGGACGGAGGUGAUGCCGCUUCUGAUGAGGAUCACAAGAACGUCCACAUAGGACAGGUAAAAAAGAAAAUGGGAAAAAACAAAGUGGACAAGGCGAAAAAGGGGAAAAAAAUUGAAAAAUUGGCCAAAGAGGGAAAAGUGAUAAAGUUGGCUAAACAGAGCAAAUUUGCCAAGCUGGCGAAGAAAAAUAAAAUGGCAAAAAUGGCGAAAAAAAACAGAAAGUCAAAAAAGGAAAAAAGAAAUUCCAUGAUAGGCCCAGGGGGUGAAGACAAAAACAAAAGCACGUUGAGCAAAGGCGUAGCCACCGACGCGAAACAGAAAACCGGGGAAAGGAGAAAAAAUGGAAUGAUCAAGAAAACCAUUUUGAAAAAAGGGAAAAGCAAGUCACACGUGACAAAAAAAGUUCAUUUUAACCUGAACAAAAACACCAUCGAGUACAUCCCACGCAUAAAGAAGAAAAACGUUAACUCGUAUUUCUUUCUCGACAAUUUUCGCAAUUUGAUUAAUGUCCCCGCGUUUUUGUAG